GAAAGAUAAUUUUUUAUCAUACACACAUAUUUGUUUUUCACGAAUUAAUGUUGAGAUUGAGUUUGAAUUAGUGGUGCAGGCAUGAGACUUUGUCAUUAGCCUGUCUCUGUAGCUUGAUUGAGUGAAGUGCUUAGACUGAGGUGAUUGGCUCAUAAUUCUUGCUAGAUCUGUUGUGGUGCUCUUGUAAGGAGCUAUCAUGCUGCCCACUGUUCUGUUCAGCCUGGCUCUAGUGUCCUGUACAGUUGGUCAAGCUCAAGUACCAACACUACCUCCGGUAUGUCAAGAAUACAGCAGCGCCACCAAUACACCGCCGCUGUUGAAAUUGAGCAAUGACUUUACAGUCGACGUUGAGACAGUCAGCGUGGAGACUGGUCGAGUGACCAACAUGAUUAUGUACUACAGCCAGUCCCAGAACAUGAUCAGGUUAAACAUCUAUGAUGCCGGACAGAAGAAUGAUCUGUACUUUUAUUUCGCUGACAAUGAAAUAUUAUCUUUUGACUACACAGUAGGCAGAGGAACCUGUACAGUCCUCUCUGAUCUAAAGAACCAGCCAGACACUUUCAUUGUUGGAGGUAUCAAAGACGGAAAGAAUGCCCAAGUACCAAUGACAGUCUUACAUUUGACUGGUCAAUCAGGAUUCGGAACCAAUGACAUAGUACUCAGUCAACAAAGUACCGGCACUGCCAGAGGGAUGGACACUAUUACCUUUAACUCCUGCCAGAAAUGGCAGUUUGGAGGCCAGAGUGCAGUCCUGAACGUGACUCACCAUUUUUCAUACAAAACCUGGCAACGCCCUGACACUGGCUCAGUUCCCAUCAUGAUUGAGAUCGUCGGUUCUGCCCUGCUCCACAAGGACCUCACCACCAUACACCAUUACUACAACUUCUUCAACUGGAAAGAAUCAGUAGAGCCUUUUGUAUUCGAGACACCGUCAGGAAUCAUUUGCCAAGGUCGUGCAGGCGACAGACCAUUUCCCGCGUCUCCUAGCUACAUCAAGUUUGCUGGUGAGGUUAUAGACCGUAACCAAGGUUACGUGCGCUACGUGGAGGAACUCUAUGACUCCGACGAUGACAUAGUUGUCAUGAGGAUGCAAGGUAUGCAAGACAUUGGUACAACUGGCGGCAUGAACCACUUCACUUACAUCAGAGACUAUGACUCGGGCCUCUCAUACAGGAUUGACAAUCAAAUGCAGUACUGUACAGUACUGAACAUCACAGACGACAUCACAUUACCUUUCGACUUCAUCACAUCCAAUGGUAAAGUCAAAAUUCUGACUCCAAAUCAAUUCUUUUACAACGACGGCACAAAAUACAACUAUCUCGGAACAAGGAAUGUCCGAGGCAUGACAGCAGAUGUUUGGGUCGCCAAGACAACAUUACUUACUGCCCCUGAUCAGGAAGCUGUCAUUGAAUGGUACUUUGCCCCGCCUGAUGUGAAAUCUUGGAACGAUGGAAACGAGUAUUAUAAAAAUGGCCACUUCCGGAUACCUGUGAGAUUCAGGGCGUGGCUUUCCAACAACACCGAAAGUAUGGACAUGAACAUUUACCACGUGGACUAUACCAACAUUAUGUACGGCACCAUCAACGUCAGGAACUGCUACCCAGACAAGAACAGUAACUAUUACCAGAUCAUCAUCGACGGUGCCAAGGAAAGUGUGAUGCAAACGAACUUGGACAUGUUCAAAUGGAAUGCAGUCGUUUCUCUGUCCAAAGCUGCAGGAGUCAGAAUGAUUCGUAUUGCAGAUCUUCAGGUUUACUAUGAGCAAAAUGACGCCAUCCUGGAAUUUGAGCUCUUGGAUGCUCCACCAUAUUCAGGCGAUUCGUCCGUUCAGCUUCCUCCCCCAAUAGAUUUGGAUACCGCCGCCUAUAACCUUGAGAACACCAUUGCUAACGGAACGUUAAUGAUCAACGUCUAUGACCCUAACACAAAUCAAAUCAGCAAGCCUCUUCCAGUGAGAAAAACAGCUAAGAUCGUACCCAGCACUGGAAAUUCAAAUUCAAAUUCUGACAGUGGCUAUUCUCCAGGCUCAAUGGCAGGCCUUGGUAUAGCUAUGGUUAUCAUAGGUGGUGCUGGAGGUGGAAUUGGUGCAUACUUCUUAAUCAAAUAAACGAACAGUGUUUUUCAAUUCCUUCCAUUACUUCAAGAUUUGUACGAAUCACAGCAUUUCGCUUUGAGGUUCUCAUCCUCGGAGUUCAUUCUUCAUCUUGUUCUGUUUGAAUUCAUCAAACCGAAUUCACCUGUAUUUUGUAUGGUAUCUUGUGGAUAAAUAUAUUUAGUACCAAAUGUAGCCCUUUGAUUUACAUUCAUUUCAAAUAUAGUUAGCACAUUCAUGAAUAUCCUACAAUAACUUAUAGCCUACAUUUCAUUUAUUUAUGGCAUUUUAUGAGGUUGUGAAAGGCAAAAUUAGUUCUUUUUUUUUUGUCAUUUGUGAUGUCAAACUAUUUAGUUCAUUUAAAUAGACAUUGUUAUCUCAAGAUAAUAAUGCAUGGCAUCAAAUGACAACAUAGAAUAUAGUCUCAUGUUCUUAUUUUACUAACAUUAAGCCCAUUGAUAAAACAAACUGCAUCACCAGUGUGUCUACUUUACAUGUAUAGUGUUUCCAUGACUGUAUGCGAUGUAUUAAGUGUUGGGAUGGUUGUCUGCAGAAUGAAAUAAAAACUAAAUGUACACUA